AUGCUGCACUGUCCUAUCACUUCUACCCCUUUCUCGGUCAAAGACAUCUUAAAGCUGGAGCAGCAGAGCGCUCAGAGCGGGGACCUUCGGGGAUUCCUCCCCCAGGAUCUGCAAGAGCCUCCGGCCAUGCAGCCACCCCCUACUUGUCUGCACAAGAAACAAGAGGCUGCCUACAGUUCUGAGGCCCUUCCCUUCCAGAUGGAAGUCGAUCAAGGCAGAAAUUGCAGGAGGCGUGAGGAGGAGUAUGAGCUCAUGAGGAGCUCCUGUGAAGAAGAGAUGGACCUAAGAAAAUCUCUGACCGCUGACUGUUUCGAGCCCCGGGAGAAGAAAGACGACCCGUGCGAACGUCCCAAGCAAAGGCAGAGGCGGAAACCCAGGGUUUUGUUUUCUCAAGCUCAAGUUUUCGAGCUGGAAAGGCGGUUUAAACAGCAGAAGUACCUCUCGGCUCCGGAACGGGAGCAUCUCGCCAGCCUGCUGAAACUCACCCCCACGCAAGUCAAGAUCUGGUUCCAGAACAGGAGAUACAAGUGCAAGAGACAAAGACAAGAUAAAUCGCUGGAGUUCUCGGCCCAUCCCCUUCCUCCCAGGAGGGUAGCGGUCCCUGUGCUAGUCAGAGAUGGCAAGCCGUGCCUUGGGGGCUCACAGGGUUACACUGCCCCUUAUAAUGUCACGCUCAGCCCUUACUCCUAUAACACCUACUACAGCGGUUACAGCAAUAGCCCAUACAGAGCAAACUACAGCGGUAGUUACUCAGGGGGGGCCGCGAGUACCACCCCAGCCAGUCACAUCAUGAACAUGAGCUUCAGUGUCUCCAGCGCUGCUCAGACCCAGCAGAGUCACUUACAAGCCACGCUGCAAGCAGGGAUCAGGGCUUGGUAA